AUGAAUUUAUCAAAACAACAGGAGGAAGCUCCGAUCAUUUAGAAAGGGAUUCAGCUCACCAAGUAGGAUAAAAUUUAUCAUUUUGAUAUGUUAUCCUGGGCCUCUGCAGGUGCUACUUUAGUGUCAAUUUGGCAAAUAAUAAUACCGUUUACACUCUUUUCUUUGAAUAAACCAUAAUUGAUAUUGGGAAUCACGAGUAUCUUUUUUCUCCUGAUCAGCUUGGUGGUUUUGUAUUGGAGUCACAAGGGAUACAAUUUUUAUAAGAAAGAUAAGAAUGAUGAAUAAAUGCCUCUGUAAGCUUGGCAUAUUGAAGGCUUGAUCUACGUAAUUAGUUUCAUUUUAAUCGCAUUAUAUGCAAGUUGCUUCUUUGGCAUUUUAGAAAACGAAGGAUACUCAUGGGCUUUGAUGGCAGCUCAAGGAGUUCCAGUGAAUACAGCUCAAAAAGAGGCAUUUAUUAUUGUGUUGUCCCAAUUGAUACUAAUUUUAGUGGAUCUGGUUCUUCUGGCCUAUUAUGCUAAAGUAUCAUACCAUCUAGAAUUUUAACCAAUGAAUUUGCCAUCCUUAUUGGGUUGGUUUUUGACAAUAUUCAUCUUUAUGUGUUGUAUAACGAUAGGUGACACCAAUUAUUUGCCAUCCAAGUUAGGUGGGAUAGUGGAUUAAGAAAGUAUGGAGAAAGCAAAGGGAGCUCACACUUCAAUAUUUUGGACUUGUUUGAUUGGUUUAAUAUUUUCUUUAUUCACGUUGUUUGAACAAAGAUCAAUACAAUAAGAAGUAUUCCCAAAAGUGAAAUUCUAUUUCUUACCAUUCCUUUUGAUCAUGGUGGCUAGUGUAUUUUUAAUAUCGAACUCCUUAAAUUUCUUGUAUGCUUCAAGUCAGUCAAUAUAAGAAUUGAAGAAGGAUUGCAAAUCAACAAUACAGACCUUCUCCUAAACCUACAUAGAUUCUAUCGGAUGUCCAGCAAAAUACAAGACAGUGAAUAUAUAAGGCAGCAAUUACUUUGACAUGUAUUGUUAAUAAGAUGAGGUUGGUAUAGUAUGGGAAAAUGAAGUGGACAAACCGAAUUCUGAAAAAAGGAAUCAACUAGCUUGUAUGAAUUUGUCUUGUUGUUAUUUAGUAAGUGAAGAAAGAACUCUAUUUUAUAAGUAAUAUUUUUUCUAUUCAAUUUUGACUGCAUUCUUAGGAUUCAUAGCAGCAGGUCAUUGUUUUGAUAUAGCUCUGCAAGAACCAAAUGUAAUAAAGGCAGGACCAUCAGUCUAUUCAUAGACCUAAUAUAUUGUAUAGAUAGUUCUGGCAUUAUUUUCAAUAAUUCUUGGAAUAUACUUGUCUAUCAAAUACAAUCAGAAAGUGCCAAUUAAAAUGCCAGAAUUUAAUUAUAAGGAUUAAAUCAAUUUAGAACCUAAAUAUUUCACUCAUCUAACCCCAUUAUCCUCAAUUCCUUAAUGUUAGGAAGUGAGAGAUCAACACAAUAAAGCAUUCAAAGUCCAUUUUGAUCAUAAUGCAUGUGCAGGUUAAGCUAAAUGUUCUAGAAUGGGAUUUUAUGGUUGUUUAGAAUCAUAAAAUGGAAUAUUCUAGUUGCUACCUACAUUUCAAGAUUAAGAAAUAGCAAUCUUUGGAAGUCAUGCGUAUGAUCCAUAUGUCCUUUAAUAGGCAUUACAUGGUGAAGAAGCUGCUGACAAACUGUGUUUUGAAGGUUUGGAAGGACCUAUAAAUCAAUUGCUGAAUUCUAAAGUGUAUGUAUGUCAUCCUCCAGAUAAGGAAGCGACUGUCAAGUUUUCAACAAAGGAAAAGGAAAUUAUUUUUGAAUAAAUGAUUCAAUAUUAAGAGGAAGAGUUUGAUAUAAUCAGAACUGUUAAAUUGCCUAGACUUUCUCAUCAAAAAAGAAAUCAUAAGGAUCUUGGUGACACAGGAGAAGAGGAAAGUUUAGGAUAGUACACAACAGUCACUAUAAUAGUAAGUGAUGCUGAAACAUUUGAACCACUUGUUGGAGCAACUGUCACUAUGUACCAAGAUGUGGAUAAAUGUUAGGAGUUGAAUCAAAAUUUAUAUUAUCCCAUUCGAAUAGCUCAAACCAAUUCUACAGGAAUGAUUAGCAUCUACAAUGUUUAGAUGAAAGACAAAAGACAAACUUUCAAUCUUGUUAUUAGAUAGGAUGGCUAUAUGUUCAAUUGCUUAAUUUCUGAUCAUCUAAAGCCUUUCAAAUAGAAUAUCUUCCACGUCCCACUAGUGAAAUCACUCACUGAUCAAUAGGAGAUGAAGGUUCUACUUUGGCAUCAGAAUCCUAAGUUGAAUUUGGAAUUGGGUGCCAAUGUACUUUUAGACAAGAAUCAACAAUGUAGUGUUGGCUUUUUCUUUUCGGAAUGCUCCUUCAUGAAAUUCACUUCUCAUCCCAAAAGCCAAAGUCAAGUUUCGAGAGUUAUCACUCUAGAGAAGAUAAUACAAUUCACUUACCUCUUCUUUGUUCGACAUAUCCCCAUCAAUUCUGAUAUUAUUGAAGUCGUAAACAAUAAGGGGUUAUCUCUAGUGGCCAAAUUACAAGCAGAACUAUAAUCAGAAAUAGAGGAGUUUUAGAAAGCGUAACCCAAAGUCUCAAUUUAUUCAAAGAAGAACCCUUAUCCACACAUUCAUGAGAUGCCUCAUACUCUGUCGGCUGAAAUCGAUACUACUCCUGAUUUGCUCGUUUGGCUUUCCUUCUGUAUGAAUGGCAAAGUUGGCCCUGAAUCAAGUGCACCUAUCAAUCACUUCUGGGAAAAGAAGGACGAAUCCAAAUUUUGGUAAAGACACACUGUCCAACCAAACACUAUACCAGAUUCCUCCAUUUGCGAUAAAAUGUAUAAAUAAUAAUCAUGA